AUGCAGCCUGCCCUCCGCCUGGACAAGGCCACCCAUCCCCACAAAGCGCUGACGAGUCGCAUCAGUGCUUGUAGGAGGCACCGGGACUGGCAGCUGGCUCUUCACUGGCUCCACGAAGCUGAGAGUGCGGCUAUCCGUCCCAACACGAUUGCCUACAACGCGGCCAUCAGCGUCUGUGAGGGAGCAGGGGAGUGGACGAGGGCCAUCUCCCUCUUCAGCUUGGCUGUGGAGGAGGCAGAUGUCGUCACAUACAACGCGACGGUCUGUGCAUGCGGACGGUCCGCAGAGUGGCAACGGGCACUGGAGCUACUAAGGCUUGCCCAGGAGCAGCUGCAGCCUGAUGUGGUGACCUUGAACUCAACUUUGCUGGCCCUGGAAAAGGCGGCCGAGUGGUCCUGCGCCCUCCUCCUGCUUGCCGAGAUGGCGUGCGAAGCAGUGGCGGGGGAUCUCAUCAGCUACAACACCAGCAUCAGCGCCUGCGAGAAGGCGGCGCAGUGGGAGAUGGCCCUAAUCCUCCUGUGCCAGGCAGUCGACAGCCGCCAGGAGAUCGACAUCAUCACGUACAGUGCCGUGAUCAGCGCCUGCGAGAAGUGUGCCAAGUGGGAGAUGGCCCUGGCUUUGCUGGCGGAUGUCCAGAGCAGCUUCAUGGAGGUGGACAUCAUCACCUACUGCGCGGCCAUCAGUGCUUGUGAGAAAGCCGGGCGUUGGACGACAGCACUCGACCUCCUGCAGGAGAGCCAGCGCACACUGAAGCCGAGCAUCGUGGCGGCGAAUGCAGCCAUCAGUGCCUGUGGGAUGGCUGCCGAGUGGCAGCAGGCUUUGCUGCAGCUCCGUGCAACCGGCCAUUACAGUUUGAAUCCAGAUGUGAUAACAUAUGCUGCUGCGAUGAGUGCCUUAGAAAAGGCGAGCCAGUGGCAGCGGACGUUGGCCCUGCUCCAGGAGAUUGGGCGCAGAAGCGCCAAAGUAAACAUCAUCUGCGUCAAUUCUGCGAUGAGUGCCUGCGGAAAUGCGGGCCGAUGGCAAUUGGCAAUCCACCUUCUGACUGAGGUCCGCACAAGACUGAUGCAGCCAGAUGUGGUUACCUACGAUGCGGCAAUCAGCGCCUGUGCGAAUGGCACGGAGUGGGAGAGGGCCAUUGCAUUGCUGCGCGUCCUCCCGAAGGCUCAUCUUCAGCUCACCACCAUUGCCUUCAAUGCCGCGAUCACAGCCUGCGAACGUGAGUCUCAGUGGAUGUCCGCCCUUCAGUUGCUCUGUCGGGCUGAUGAGCUUGUCGAAGUGUCGGUGGUGACCUUCAGUUCCACGAUCAGUGCCUGUGAGCAGUCCGGGCAGUGGAUCAUGGCCCUGCACCUCCUGGACCGUAUGGAGCAACGGUGUGUCCAUGCAAACUUGAUCACCUUCGCCUCUGCCAUCAGCGCCUGUGAGAAGGCCCUAAGAUGGCCUCAGGCGCUCGCGCUCCUCAGCGCAGCGCUGCGGCGGCGGCUUCGGCCGAACACGAUUGCCUACAGCUCCGCCCUCAGCGCGUGCAGCCAAGCAGGGCAUUGGCGAAGAGCCCUGGUUCUCCUCCUGGAGAUGCAGGAGUGCACGGCACCCGCCGAUGUCAGCACGAUGAGCUCUGCGAUCAACGCAUGUGAGAUGUGCUCUCAGCUGCUCCAGACCGUGGUCCUCUUGGGGGAACUACCGAAAGUGGCCUUGCACCUUCAGAAUUAG